CGUGACCGAAGCAUAUAUUUUUGUAUAGUCAGUGAUGUAAAAUACGCGUGUGAUUGUUUAAAGCGCUAUUUUGUCUCAGUGUUUUUAAUAGUUUUAUGAACAUCGCGAUUUACUAAAUUGUUUUAGACAAUUUUUAAUUUAUCGCUUUAAAAUUUUAUUAUUAUCUCAGUGAAUAAUUAAUUUCAUAAUAAAAAUAAUACAAUGAGUGGAAAAUCACAAUCAGCAACAAUUACCGCAAAACGUCCUUUAGUGAAUUCUAUUCAACAUCAAUGUGAGUCUUCUGCUCAACAUUUUGGUCUCAUUGAAUAUAUUUAUGAAUCAUGGAGUUCAGUAUCUAAAGAAUUGGAUAUGUGUCAUAAUCAAUCACAUGGAGAUACACAAAAUUAUCGAAAUGGGGCGUCUGUAACAUAUUAUCAAGAACGGGAGCCCAAUCCUGAGCUUAAAGAUUUUCAGCCGUUCAAUUUGGAAGCAUGGUGGGGUCAAAGAGUAGUUCAGAGUAUUACCAGAAAUACUAAUUCUUAGUGUCAGGUUUCAAAUUUCGAGUAUAGCCGAAUACUUAUAAAAAAGUUUAACGAACAAAUAAGGAAAGCAUUUUUGUAUUUAGUGUAUUAUGUAUGUGAGUAACUGAAUUAUGUUAUUGAAUCAGUAAUAAUUUGAAGCCCUAAAGAAGUAAAUUGAGUGAGAAAAAAAAGAUACUCAAAUAUAUAUAUGUAUGCAUAUAUAUAGUAAGGUGUUUCAGAAAAAAAUUUUUUUUUUAUGGUCUCAAAAGUUGGUCAUGCGUGUAAAAAAAAAUCCUCCUAUGAAGAGCUCAACGAAUAUUCAUUUCCCACUUAAAUUGCAUACAAUUUUUUUUUCUUUUUUAUAUAACAGAGUUGAAAAAUUUUUUUUUCGAAAAUCGAAGUACAUAAUCUUAUAGGAAAUUCAAUUCUCUACAAAAAAGCUUUCGUGUGCUUUCUCCGUAUAACUAACAGAAAGAAACUUAUGAAGCUUUAAACUAUGUUAAAUAGUAUUAUUUCAUGUUUUAUUAUAUUAAACAGUUUUUUGAUAGAAAUUUAGGUUUUUUUAAUUGAGCUAAUGCCAUCUGAAUUUUCUUUUGAAAAUAUAAAAAAAAUUUUUUUACUUUCAAAACAGAACUUUUUUUUUUUACUUUAAAAACACAGAACGGAAAAAAAUUUUAAUUCCUAAAAAAAAUAUUUUUCUUCGAAAUUUAUACGAGAAAUAAGUUCCCUGAUAGCCAGUUGAGCUCAACCAACAGUCAAAUUUCGCGUAAAUUUGACGUCAGAUUAAAGCCGCUAUUUGACGUACUCGAGACAUCAAAAAUUCAGCAGCAAAAUUUGACUGCAGUAAUAAGUCAAAUUGGCCUAAAUUGUUUAGAUUCGAUUUUACCGUUUGAUACAUAUUGAAGAAAAGUCAGCUCGCGACAUCUAGCAACUAUUCAACAAAGUAAAUUCAUGAAUCAAAAAGUAAAAAAUAUUUCUCUAGUUGAGAUGUUGUUGACGUCAUUUGUUGACGUGGUUUUUGCAUCUUAAAUUUUGAUGUCCCACAGACGUCAAAUAGCAGUUUUAUGUGAAAUUUGACGUCAAAGAAAGCUUAAAAGUCGACAUUGAAAUUUUUUAUGUGUACCGUACGUCACUGAGACGGCAAAAGUUUCAGUUCAAAAAUUGCGCUGAAACUCUGGUUAUCCGGAUAAGAUCUCAGAAAUUUUUUCAAAACAUGAACUCAUUAUACAUAAUGUAUAGAUUCAUCGUAUAAACAUAUACACGCAAUGAAAUCUGGAAAUUAUCUUUAAAACGUGUACGUUAAGUUGUUCAAUUAACUUUUGUUUCAAGCUUUAUAACUUUUUUACGGUGAGUUUUACGAAAAAAACAUUUAGGAUCAUUCAUGUAGAAAAUUUAAUCUCCUACAAGUCUAUGUACUUUGAUUUAAAAAAAAAAAAUUAACAUGCAGUUAGUAGAAUUGAGAUUUUAAGCUGCUCUUUUGGGAAGAUUUUUUUUUUACUUAAGACGAACUUUUAAGAUUAUAAGACUUGGAAAAAAAAAACAUUUAUUUUGAAACAUCCUAAUAUAUAUACAUAUAUAUUAUAGUGACCCCAAAAAGCCGACUAUUUUUUUUUCGAGUCUCUUAUGAAAAUUUGUUGGCUUUCGAUAUUUUAGGAAGCCUCUCCAAAAAUCAGCACUAUAAAAAUUUUUCAAGAGGUCGCUCACGAAUUUUGAAAAUAUCAAAAAUGAUGGAAAUCCGGAAUUUUUAUUUCUAACUUUUUUCUUUCUCGUGGCAGUAACAGUCUAUACUUGUGAAAUCAUAACUAUGCUAAAAAUUUCAGCCCAAAAUUGAAAAAUUUGGAAAAUCCAAAAGGGCACGACUCAUAAUGCUCAUUUAUUAUGAAAUAAUGAAAUAACAAUAAAAAAAUGGCAGGAAGCACGAAUAAAUUUAAAAUAUUUAAAAUUUGUUGUUUUUUUUUUUUCUAAUUAUAUCAGUAAUUUUCUAUAAUUAUAAAAGAAUUUUCCCAAAAUAUUUCGAUUACUAACAAAAAAAAAAAAAAUGUGUAAAAUAAAAACAAAAAAAAAAAAAAGAAUUGAAUUAAAAACAAUUCAGGCUUACUAAUUAGCAAUAACACAAAAAAAAACAGCUGUACUAGGGCGGUAAUGUGCAAGCGCCCCUGGUGGAAUAAAUGUACGUAUAAUGUAUAGAUAUAUCACCAUCCAUGUUGAUUUUACAAAGAUAUAAAUAUGUAUACAGCCUUUUUAUUCUUUUAUUAAUUGCAAUUGAACGACACUGAGUUACCUAGCCAUUUUCAAUAGGGGAUCUACAAAUCUUUCAAAGAAUUUUUUUUUUUUAAUUUAUUUUAAUUACUGGAUUUUUUCGCAAAUUAUCGUGUCUACGGGUUUCAUACUUCACGGACAAAAAUUUUUUUAAACUAUUUUGAUAUUUUUUUGGUUUUUAUUGAACUAAAUAAAUUUUUGAAAAGUAUGGAAUUAAUCUCCAUUAAAUUAUCUUCAAAAUGGUGUGUAACAUAUCUUAAUUCCGUGAAUCAACAAAGAUAUAAUAAUUGAAAUAGUUGCCGAAGUAAGGCGAAAAAAAUUUUUCGAUCCUAGAGCACUUUCUGAUGCUUCGCAUCAUGAGUCGUGCAAUAUUUGAACGGCACUCCAGAAUUUUGAAUAUUAACUGAUAAUCUGCAUCUAAUACUUUGAAUUGGUAUUUGUAUUUUUUCAUAACUCAAUUAUUGUCAUUUAUAAAAAAUCCGAAUUUCGAUCUUUUUUUAUAUUUUCAAAAUUCGUAAGCGACCUUUUGAAAAUUUUUUAUUGAGCUGAUUUUCGGAGAGGCUUCUUAAAACAUCGUUAACCAAGAAAUUUUCAUAAGAGACUCGAAAAAAAAUAGUCGGUUUUUUUGAGUCACCCUAAUAUAUGUAUAUAUAAUGUAUAUAUAAAUAUAUAUAUUAGAGUGAUUCAAAAAAACCGACUAUUUUUUUCGAGUCUCUUAUGUAUAUAUAAACGUUUUUGAACACAUCAAUAGUAAUUACUGGUUGGUAACUUUAAAAAUUGUAAGAUAAUCUUAGCAGCCAUGCUCAAAAAUAAUUUUUCACUGCACAAUCGUUGACAUUCCUCUUUAACAAAUAAUUUAUCAACAAUUAAGUUAAGCAUUGUACUCAAUUUUUCAUUGAAAUGAAUUUUAACAUUUGUGCAUUAUUCUCAAGAUAGAAUAUUUGUAAUUAAAUUAUAUAUUAUUUAGUUGAGAAUUUCAAGACCAUUUUCACGGAGAUAACAAAUUUUCCGUGAUCAAUUAUUCAAAGAUAAUUAGAAUCGAAUUUCUUCUUGUGAUUACAAAAAUUUAAAAACAUUCUGACAUUUAGUUCUAUAAUGAUUUAUUCAUGAAGAGAAAAAUGAAUCAUAUUUAGCAUUCGACAAUUAAAGACAUUCAAUUAUUGUUUUUCACCGUGCAAUGUGUUGUUUAUCGUAUGUAUACUAGAUAUCAUUGUAUAUCAGGUAUCUGUAAUUUGUAGUAUAUAUUUCUUUACGCAGUACAUAUUGUUGAACUUGAUGUCAUAUCGUUUUAUAAAUUACUGACAAUGAUUCUGAAUAAGGAAUCUGAAGAUGACGGAAAUUUAAAAAUGUGAAAAUCCAAAUCAUAAUUUGACAAAGUUGUUUGAUUUAUAGCACAUUUAGUAUUUGAAGAAUUUUUAAAUCACUAAUAAUAAAUCAAAAUUUGAAUUAUAAAAAUACUUAUAGAAAAUUGAAAACUCAUCUCUUUAUAAAAAAAAAAAAACAUAAAAAUAUGAAAAAGUAAUUUAAACAAGUGGGUGCUUGUACACCCGGAUAAAAAAGUUCUAUAUAAUUAUAUAUGGUUAUAUAUAAUUAUAUGCAAUCCAUAUCUAAUUAUAUAUAACCCAUGUAUAAUUAGAUAUAAUAAAAUGUAAAAAUAUAUAAUUAUAUAUAGAAUGUCCCAAUGUAAUUAUAUAAUAUUAUGUAUAAAAGUAUAAAAUGGUUUUUUAUGUCACCAUGUAUGAAUUAUAUAUAAUUGUCUGUAAUUACAUAUAGUUAUCUUGGUGACGUAUUUAAAAUUACAUGCAAUAGUAUAUGAUGAUGCCAUUUUACAGAAACUAAU